UCUAAAUUAUAAAACUUAUAAAAUAUCUAUUCAUGAUUUAAAACUGAUUAAAAAACUCUUAAUUGUAUCUUGUCCUUAUAAAAUGUCUACUGCAGGGGUCGCUUUCCGCACUUUGCUCGGCAUCGAGCCUUCUACUGCUUCUACCAGCGACAGCGUUCUGGUCAUUAUCGAUGCCCAAAACGAGUAUGCAAUUGGAAAGCUCAAAAUCGAAAAUAUCGAGGCCUCGCGUCCUGUUAUCGCCUCUCUACUGAAGAAGUACCGUGCUGUCAACGCACCUGUCGUCCACGUUGUUCAUAUCACACCAUCGGGGGCGCCUGUUUUCACCCCUAAUACAGAGCUUGCCGAGGAGUUCGACGAGUUGAAACCUGCGGAGGGCGAGAAAGUGGUCGAGAAGUCGCACCCGGGCUCUUUUACCGGAACGGAUUUGCAAGAAGUCUUGACUGCUACUGGUAGGAGCAAGAUAGUGCUUGUCGGCUACAUGGCCCACGUCUGCAUUUCAACUACUGCUCGUCAAGGCGCUGAGCGAGGAUGGGACAUUCUGGUGGCCGAAGAUGCGGUUGGCGAUAGAAACAUCCCCGGCGCCGACGCUCAAGAGUUGAAGAAGGUGGCUCUUCGCGAGAUCGCCGACGCCUUUGGUACCAUUGUUCAAAGCAAGGAUAUCAACUAGAUGCUCUGCCGGAUUCCAAUAUCCUUUAGGAAAAGCCCUAGACAUUGUAUAGUAUAGGUUCUAUAUAUAACUUACUUCCAUCAGCA